AUGUCAAAGCUGCUUCCAAAGAAGAUUCAGCGAAUGGAGAUUCCCACAAUGAUGACAAAUGAAGAGUUUGGUAGCUCAACCAGUGGACACUUUGCGAAGGAAGAGAACGAAGAUCACGCUUCUGAAAUCAAUGAGAAAACAGCAGCAAAGUCUCCAACAGAACAAGCUCUAUACGUAAAAGAGAACAAAGUUUCUUCGGCCGUCACCAACUUGUCUUUGACGCACCAUUCAGAAAUAAAAGCAGUGAAAACAGAAGCUAUGAACGCAGACCCUUCUGAGCGUAUGCCUUCAGAUGAACCAUGA